UGGUGUUUGACAUAGGCAGCACAUCUUAUUCUUAGGAAAUUCUCUGCUCUCGCAAACCCACACUCUCUCUUCGUUCCAAAGGGAAAAAGUUCUCAGCUGCUGCUCGCGUUCUUCCAUCUCUGCAUCCCAGCUCCGCUACACGCGACAGCUUGUUCUGUCCCAAGUUGGUCCAAGAAAUCCAAAAAAUGCCCCCCAGCUCCCAACUGAUUAAAUCUUCCUCUCACCGCUUGCUCUAUAUCCCAACUAAUCCCCUCCAAGAAUUCAAUUUCAUAUGCUGUGGAAGGGCCGGGGAAUCCAUUUGCUGCCAACAAAUCCUUCUCUGCCGCCAACGAAUCUCGCUCGGCCGCUGAAUCCGUCCCACCAAAGAAACCUCCGCCAUCUCAGUCUUGUCUCUGUUCUCACCGCCUUCACCGCCUCCGUCGUCGACACUGCCUCCGCCGCUUGGUUAAUAUUGUCCAAGUGCCAAAGCCACUUCAUCGGACAGGUAUCAGCAUUUUGCUGUGACGUACGUUGGUUUCUCUAUUCGAAAGAGAGCGGAAGUGGAGCUGGAGAAAGGGGAUUUCACAGAAGUCGUGAUCUUGCUCUCAAGGGUGGGGAAAAGAUUUCGCUGGCAUGGUAGAAGACAAACAUCGCAAAGAGGUUGCAGGAGGAAUGUUAAGAGAUGUUGCCUAUUAAAUGGAUCGUUAGAGGAAUGCUAAGAGAAGGUUGCAUG